AUGUCUGGUGGUGAUAAACGAAAACUCGACUCACUUGAUUCAUUUGUUACUAUCACGAAAAAGUCGAUCGUCACACCAUCUUCACCCAAACAAACCGAAUCCGAUCAGUCUGCACUUAUCAAUGCUGAAGUUACUGAAACUAUUGAUGUUGAAUUUGAAGAGCCAGAUACUCUCAAUUCUUCUGAUAUUAACCAAAACUUGAAUGUUAUCGAUUCUCAUCCAAGUACUCAUGAAAUUGAUAUCGGUUUUCAAUUAUCAUUACGUACUACUCUUACCAAUGAAACUAAAUACCAAUUACUUACAAAACCAUUUCGACCUGAUAAAAAGUACAAAUUUCCAGAUCAACGUGAAAAAGGUGCAGCAUCUCGUCGAUUUAUGGCUACCUGGUUAGACCAGCAUUCAUUUCUCGUCUACUCACCAUAUUAUGAAGGAGCAUAUUGUUCUGCUUGCUCUUUGUUUUCACCUUUGGCUUCAUAUAAAUCUAACGUGCUGUUUGUUAAUUAUCCAUGUUCUCGUUUUGGUCAUCUAAAACAUUUCUCGAAAUAUAUUAAAACUCAUCUCAAUUCAAAAAAUCAUAAACUGGCUAUGAUACGUGCCACUGAAUUUAUUCGAACGUUCGAAAAUCCAACAUCUAGUAUCGACUAUCAACUAGAUCGCAACCGAAUCGAAUUAAUCGAAAAAAAUAAAUCUAUACUUCUCUCAGUUAUCAAGGUGGUGAUUACCUGUGCACGACAGAAUAUUUCUAUUCGUGGCCAUCGAAGUGAAGAUAUCAUCUCAAUUCGAGAACAUCUCGAUACUGUUGACGCAUCGUCUGGAUCUAACUUCAUUGCACUUCUGAAACAACGUAUUGAUGCUGGCGAUCAAAUUCUUCAAUCUCAUCUUGAAAACGGAAAUCGUAAUUCAACAUACACAAGUUCAUCCAUUCAGAAUAAAAUUAUUGAACUUAUUCAUGAACAUGUUUUGUCAUCUAUUCUUUGUCGUUUAGGUCCAACUACACUCUAUUCUAUAAUAGUCGAUGGUACUACCGAUUCAUCCAACAUCGAACAACUGUGUUUUCUCAUUCGAUACGUCGAUCAGCAUUCACUUGAAAUUCGUGAAGAUUUUCUUGCCUUUAUACCAACUACUUCGUCAACCGGUGAAGCUAUUGCUGAUCAUAUUUUAUCAUGUUUAAAAAAAUUCGGACUUCCACUUACCAACUGUAUUGGUCAAGCAUAUGAUGGUGCACCCUGUAUGUCUGGUAUUUUUAUUGGAUGCCAAGCCAUCAUUAAACGACUUUGUCCUGAUGCCGAAUACAUGCAUUGCAGUUCUCACGCCUUCAAUCUUGCUCUUAUUGACUCUAGUUCUUCUCAUUUUAUUCGAAACAUGUACGGUAUUGUAAAAUCAAUUAUUACCUUCUUCAAUGAUUCACCUAAGCGUUCGAACGCACUCAAAUACGAAAUUGAACGACCAGACAAUGAUUAUUUGGUAUUAAGCAAGAAAAAACGUCUGCUGUCUUUAUGUGAAACUCGAUGGGUGGAACGAAAUAUUGCUAUCGAAACAUUUCUUGAAUUGUACAUUCCAAUUUCAAAUACUCUUGAUACUCUUCGUAUUGGAGGAGAUUCAACUUCACAACAGCUUUAUCAUCCAAUUAAUUGUUUCGAAACUAUUAUUUCCACAUGUAUUGCAUGUUUUCUUCUUGGUGAAGUUACUCCACUUAGUCGUCUUUUACAAACUCCAACAAUCGACUUUGGCAUCGCUCAUCAUCACGUUUUAUCAUUACUCAAAACAUUCGACACACGAGAAGCUGAUAUGGUUAAUUAUUUCAAAAAUAUUGUCUUUGAACAAGCUAAAAAAAUUGCCAAAGAAUUAUUAAUACAGCCAACAGCACCACGAACAUAUCAACGACGACAUGGUCAAGAUAUCCUUGAUCCAGAAGAAUUUUAUCGCGAUCAAGUAUUUCUUCCUUUUCUUCGUGAAUUAAAAGGAAAUAUCGAAAAACGACUUUCUAUAUUUAAUCAAGUACGUAUAUAA